AUGAGCAUCAAGAACAUACCCACACUCCAGCAGCUGGCAGUGCAGAGCCUGCUGAGCAACCAGGCCUUGGCCAUCUCUGCCCUGGAGUCCAUGCCCAUAAAUUUCUUCCCACCACAGUUCAAGGAGGCCUUCGACAGUAGACACCUGGGACUACUGAAGGCAAUGGUGGCAGCCUGGCCCUUUGCUUGCCUCCCUGUGGGGACACUAAUGAAGACAUCCGAUGUGGAGGCAUUGCAAGCUGUUCUGGAUGGCCUAGACAUGCUGCAGUCACGGAAGGUUCGUCCCAGACAGUGGAAGCUGCAAGUCCUUGACUUGAGGAAUAUGCACCACGAUUUCCUAGAUGUGCAGACUAGAACACAGGAAGGAGCCCACUCAACAGAGACUGGGAGUGGGAAGAAAGAUGGGAGGGACCUUCCUAGAUAUGCUCUGAGGCCGCGUUUGAAGGUAGUCACUGACCUUAGCUUCAGGUUCCAGCUGAAAGAACAUCAAACAUGCUUGUUGCAGUGGGCCCAGCAGAGAAAAGGCUCUGUGCGGCUGUGCUGUCUGAGGAUGACUAUUUGUGCCCUCCCUGUGGAGACUAUCAAGAAGGUCUUGGACAUUUUCCAUCCACACUAUAUCGAGGAAUUGGAACUAUUCACAAACCAGGUUCUGCCCUUCCUGGGUCACUUUGCAUCUUGCCUUGGCCCCAUGAGAAAUCUUUGCAAAUUCCGUCUAACUCACAUCUGUUGGGCACACACAGUUCCUUUCUCAGUUCUCCAAACUCAGUUCUCCAAACUCAACUGUCUCCAGCAUUUCUCUAUGAAUGGAGUCUCCUUUUCCUCUGACCUCAUGAAACAGUUGUUCAGAUGCCUGAGGACCCCCUUGGAGUCCUUGUGUAUCACUCUUUGUCAGCUCUCACAGUGAGACUUAAAACACUUGUCAAAGUGUCAGAGGCUCUGUCACCGCAAACACCUGGUCCUCAGUGGUGUAGCGUUAUCCAAGAUAUGUCCCACACAUCUCCGAGUUCUCCUAGAGAAUGUAGCAGAUACACUGCAGAUCCUGGAUUUAAUGAACUGCAAGAUGAAGGACUCUCAGUUCAGUGCCCUCUUGCCUGCCCUGAGCCAGUGCUCCCAGCUCACCAGGGUCUGUUUCUAUGAAAACGACUUCUCUAUGGCUGUUUUGAAGGACCUUCUGCAAAGCAUGGCCAAUCUAAGCAAGUUGAUUCUAGAGCUGUACCCCACCACUCUAGAGUGCUAUGAUCACCAGGGUUAUAUCUUAGUGGAGAAAUUUACCCAAGUAUGUCCUGAGCUCCGGGAUAUAGUCACUGCCAAAAGGCAGCCCAACAUAGUAGCCUUUGCUACACGCAUCUGCUGUGAAUGCCAUAUGUGCUGUGUUUAUGAGAUAGAGAGCAGACUUUGUAGGUGUUGGCAAUAA